UCACUUUUUAAAAUUUUUAAAUUUCCCGCCGGUUCCGGCCCCCGUAUGUCCCAACGCUCACAGGGACCGGAACCAGGAAGACGGAUGCCAGCAUCGGCCGGAGGAGAUAGCCAGGGACGCUGCAGGGGACACAUCGUGGGAGCGCAGGACAAGGUAAGUGAUCGAGGGAAUCCCAGAGCAACGCUGCAGGGUAAUCCCGAGUGUAGCUCGUGGUUACCACUUUUGGCACUGAUAAUUAACCCCGAGCUACACUCCAGAAUACCACCAGGGAGGUUAAUGGCCCAGUCCUUGUCCUGCGCUCCCGCAAUG